AUGACCUAUCCCGUGAAUCCACGUAUUGAUCUUGCCUUUAAGAGAAUUUUUGGGGUCGAGCAAAACAAAGACCUAACCAUUUCUCUUCUCAAUUCUAUUAUUUCUGAAGAGGACCAGGUAGAAGAUAUUACCCUUCUCAAUCCUUAUAAUCCCAAGCACUUUGCAGAAGAUAAGCUUUCCAUCUUGGAUAUUAAAGCACGAGGCUGUAACGGCAAACUCUUUAACAUUGAAAUUCAAGUUACUGACGAGUCAGAUUAUGAUAAAAGGGCUCUCUAUUAUUGGGGUAAGGUUUAUACAGAACAAUUAAAACAAGGACAGGAUUAUGGAAAGCUAGAAAAGGCGAUUGGUAUCCACAUCCUCAACUUUACCUCCAUCCUCGAAAACAAGAAAUACCACAAUACCUUUCGUCUGACAGAAAUAGAAGAUGGUUUUGUCUAUUUUAAAGAUACCGAACUUCACACCAUUGAGCUGAAUAAGUUUGAAAACCAGCUUCCUGAAAAACUCAAUGAGCUGGUCAAAAAAAUCAAAACUUCUCUAGAUAUUUGGUCCUCGUUUUUGACCAAGUAUGAUCUCCUGAAUCCAGAGAAUCUCCCCAAAGAGCUCGAUAAUCCCGAAUUGAAAAAAGCCCUUGAAGUUCUUGAACACAUUAACAUGAGGGAAGAAGAGCGAGAAGCUUACGAAAAUAGACUGAAAUGGCUGCGUGUUGAGACCAACGCUCUUAAUAAGAAAUAUAAUCAAGGCAAGGAGGCAGGUCUGAAAGAGGGUGAAGCUAAGGGGAUUGAAAAAGGCAAGGAAGCAGAAAAAAUCCAUCUAGCCAAGAAGAUGAUUGAGAAAGGCCAACCAGUUGAGCUAGUAUCCGAAAUUACGGGGCUCUCCAAGGAAGACGUUGAACACCUCCAUGAAACUCACCUUAAAAAUCUCCCUAAGAUUAAACAAGAAACCAUCAACCCCACAGAAUAA